AUGGCUCGACGAAUUUCGAGUGAAAUAGCCGGAGAAUCUAAGCUCUAUGAGUUCAGUGACGAAAUACUGGUGAUAUCUCUCUCUGGAAUCGAUGAUGUUGGUGGGAAAAAGGAAGACAUCUGCCCUCAGAUCAUGGAGGCUUUCGAGAAGUGGGGCAUGGUCCAGGCAAUUGAUCAUGGUGUUGAUACAAAUUUGAUGGCUGAUAUGACUAGCCUUGCGCGAGACUUCUUUGCCUUAACUACUGAAGAGAAGCUCCGGUUCGACAUGUCCGGUGGUAAGGGCGGCGGAGAGGCCAUGAAGGACUGGAGGGAGAUAGUGAUGUAUUCCACGUACCCUGUGAGUACCAGAGACUACUCACGGUGGCCAGAUAAGCCGGAGGGAUGGUUGAAAGUGACGGAGGAGUAUAGCGAGAGACUGAUAGGUUUGGCUUAUAAAGUCCUUGAGGUUUUGUCUGAAGCUAUGGGACUUGAGAAAGAUGCACUAAAAAAUGCAUGCGUUGAUAUGGAGCAGAAAAUCGUUGUUAAUUAUUUUCCAAAACGCCCUAAACUUGACCUAGCACUCGGAAUGCGUCACACUGACCACGGAAUCAUCACUUUGCUACUCCAAGACCAAGUCAGUUGUUUACAAGCUACAAGGGACAACGGCAAUACAUGGGUUACGGUUCCGUUAGUUCCAGGAGCGCUUGUCAUCAAUCUGGGUGACAUUGGUCACCAACAGGAGGUUCAUGACUUCAGACCAUCAGGUGGUGGACUCAAAUCGAGCAAACUGUUCAUAAACAUAUUUUUCUUUCCGGCUCCUCAUGCCACCGUGUAUCCACUAAAAGUAAGAGACGGAGAGAAGACAAUCAUCGAGGAACCAAUCAGUUUUGAAGAGAUAACUAUGAGAAAGCUGAAAGAUCUCUAG